AUGUCGGGAAACCGCACGAAGCAAGAGUACAACAGCUGUGGCAGCAGUAGCAGCAGGCCUGGAGCAGAGCGUUCGGAUGGGAGCCGGGGGUUCUCGUCGGGAGCGGCGGGCGCGCGUGGUCGGGGCGGCAGCUCUAGGGGGAGGGGGCGAGGUGGAGGAGGCAGCGGCCGAGACGCCUACCACUACCAGCAGCAGUACGACCAGCAGUGGAUGCCGCCGACGGCAGGCUCGGAGUGGAGAGGCGGGAGGGGAAGAGGGAAAGACGACGGCGACAGCGGCGGAAGACGUCGACGUCGGAACCAAAGCAAGAGUGCCAGGGCGGACAGCCGAGAGGAAGAAAACGCCGCCAACACCGGUGCCGGUUCGGGCGGGAACGGGGACAAGGCGGGAGGGGAGGGCGCCGACGUCGGCAGCGGGGGCGGCGGCGGCGGCGGCGGCGGCGGUAGCAGUAAGAGGGCGCGCAGUAGCAAGGGGCGCAGCAGGUCUCGCCAGCGAGAAGCCGAGGCGAGCGAGAGGGAGGGGGAAGGGAAGGGUUCUUCCGGCCGCGCGAACAGCGUCUCGGACCGAAGGCAGGCGAAGCUGAAGGAGCUGAAGGUCCUCGACGGCCGGAGGAAGGCGGCCGUGGCGGCGGGCGAGGCGCUCGCCAAGGAGGUCGAGAAGAACCGGAUGGAGCAGGACGAGAUAGCCAUCCAAUUCGACGCGGCGAAGCGGCUGCUGGCCUUGUAUGACUCCAACUCGGACACCCCAGACGUCGCGAUACUCCCAUCCCCGCCCCCGCCCCCGCCCCCGCCUCCGCCCCCGGCGCAAGCGCCACGCGCGGAGUAUUCCUCCCCGGCAGCUGCUGCGUCGCGCUCAGGGUCUUUUUCCGGCGCGGUGCGAGGGAGAGGUGGCGGCUCCGCCGCUGCGCGGGGUAGCAGGGUCUCGGGAUCAUCGCCGUCUCUUUCAGCGCCCGCGGCGCGAAGCAACGGGAAGGACUACCCUCUGGGGAGCACAAGAGUCGGCCUGCCCGGUGGAGUGGGCGGCGAAGGUUUCGGGCUCAUCACGAGCAUGCCGCCGGCGGGCGGCGGCAGCGGCAGCGGCAGCGGCGGCAGCAGCGGCAGGAACGGCGCUAGCCGAAACGCGGUCGCGGCGGCGGGUGCGGCGGCGGCCAGCAGAAAGCCUCCGGCGAGCGUCGAUGCGGCGGACGAGUUCCCGGCUCGGGUGCCGAGCGAUGGGGCGGGCGCGGGUGCCGGGGAAGGGGCGCUUGAUUCAGGCGGGACGGGACCUGGGCGUACAAGUGGUAGCGGCGUUGGCGGUGGUAGCAGCGGUGGUAGCCGUGAGACGACCGGGGUACACAGAGGGGUGGAGGUGAACCGGGACUCGUUCAACAUCGUGAAGCAGCUCAUGUUCCAGACUUCGAGAUCGCGCAAGCCGAGGACCAUGGCCUUCAACCCGGUGGACCCGGGGCUUUUCGCCGUCUGCAGCGCCGACCUCUCCGUGGACCUUUGGCGGUACGGGAGGAACAAGCAGGAGCUGGAGAAAGUCUCGGAGCGGAACGAUGUGACUCCGGUCGGGGGGGCUCACAUGGCGUGGAACCCUUCCGGCACCCACUUGGCCAUCGGGCACUCGGGAAGCACCCUCGUGAACAACUGGGCGGCGACGAUCAUUGCGAAGGACGGUCGGAGAAAGUCCGACAUGAAGCUGCGCUCCGACCGUCACCACAAACCGGCCCAGGCCGUGGCGUGGGUGACGCCUUCCAAGAACAACCAGGACCACCUCGUCACCGGAGGGGAAGAUGGGCACGUCGUCAUCUGGACCCGGGUUCUCGACGCUGAGUCAGAUCUUCACAAGGUCGCGGGAAGAUUUUUCGAGGUGUGGAGGAGCCCCAAAUAUUGGACGUGUCCCGUUCGAGGGCAGUGGUGGAAGGCUUAA